UUAGCUGUGUAUUCUGAUGCGUUUUGGAAAGCAACAGUGGUUACCCUAGUUUGGAAUGGACCGCAUUUUAGACCGAAAUUCCUUCAAAUAACAAAAAUAUGCUGUCUCAAGUAUCAAUAACAAAGGAGAUGUCGGGGUCCCUCCAUUCUCGUCAAAAGAGUGUAUCAUCGUUCGUCGUUUCAAUCCCUGAAGACACAACUGGCAACGAGCAGAUUUUAAAGUCAUUAAACGAAUUAUACAGCCCUGUGCUGAAGUUGUUGAAGCUUUUCGGAGCGUACUAUGGACAAACCAAUUUAAAACACUUGGAAUGCACGCCGACCAGUCGACAAGGAAGGAAUAUAUGCUCGAAAAUGUAUUGUGGUCUGAUGAUAUCCCUUUUAUGUUUAAACUUCGUUAUGGCUGUCUCCGGGAUUUUUGCUUCAGGGGCAGUAUUCGUGUUUUUGAUGUUUACUCUUGGCAACCUUUUAAUAGUUAUUUGUGGAAUAACCUCAUUGAUUGUUCUUCCUCUGGCUAUUGGCAAAAAGUCACGGUUCCAACAAUAUCUUCUGAGCUUAUUAGAAAACAGCAGAGGUAUUAAUUUAAAUUCAGUGAAGAAAAAGUCGAGAAAAGGCUUCAUAGUUCUCUGUUUACUUUAUGUGGAAACUGUUACGUUUUCUAUUGUUAGUGAUCAGAAAUUGAACUUUGGCCUUGCUUGUUGUAAGCCUUGGAAUGAGUGGUAUGGCUUUCGAGUGAUUGCGCAGUUCUCUUUAUUUACUGGGAGUGCUAUUUGGUUACUUUCGAUGUAUUUCUUCUAUCUAACCUGUAGAAUCCUUCUAAAAUGUUUUGAUGGGCUUUAUAAGAGAAUGUCAUCACUACCUCCGCUCUCAGCGAACUUUACAUCUUUAAAAAUGGAACAUCACAGGUUAUGCGAGGUGGUCGAACUUGCCGACAAGAUGCUCGCUCCACUCCUUCUCGGAGUUGUGGCGUUAUACAUCCCAAUGUUGUGCAUCAGUUUUUACAACUCCGUCAUUUUCCGAGAGGAUAUGAAGUUAAUGGCCCUUGCUACCACUCUUUCCUGGUGUUUUGUUGCGGCAGGAAUCUUAGCAACUGUCCUGUUCUUUGGAUCUAAAGUCAACGAAAAGAUUCACAGUUUUCAGAGCAUUUUGCAAACUAUGCCCGUCUCUACAGCGGAGGAAGCUAAGGUAUUGUUGUUUUUACUCGACCUUCAAGGAGAACCGAAGGGUUUAUCAAUUGGAGGACUGCUUGUCAUAACCAAGUCCACGUCCUUAGCGAUUGCUGGGGUAAUAGUGUCCUACUUUGCAGUUCUCUUAUCUUUACCGCGUUGACCUUUAAAGAUAUGACACUGUUUA